GAUAUGGUAACAUUAUAAAAAUAUGUGUAUACGAAAACAAAUUAGCUUAUUAGCUUUACAUUUAUUGUUUACAAAUGGCGGACAAGAAUAACAAAAAUUCGUCCGAAGAUGGUAAAAGUCUAGAAGACUUUGUAACAGAACAUUAUCAAAAACAAAAGGAUGCUGGUAAAAUGGACGCAACUGAUGAGAUAGAUGAUGAAAGAGCUAAUAACUUUUUCUCCAAAGCCCUCAAUGAGAGUAGAAGAAUGAAUGUUGAAAUAGGAAAGUCAGAAGCUAAAAUGAAGAAACAUCGAGAAGAAUUCGGCAACAGACUUUCAGAAUGGCAAGCAGAACAUGCUUCUGAAGUGUUGACGCCAAAACAAGCUGAAAAAUUUGGAAUUUGUGAACAUCCAUAAGGAAAUUUAAAAAUCUUGUGAAAUAAAACCUGAGAGGAUUAAUUUAUCAAUGUAAAAUAGAAAACUCAAGUGACAUUAGACAAUAUAUUUAAGUGAUAUGUGUUCAUCUUAGACAAAAAUAUCAUUUGGUUUGGAUUUAACAUCAAUAGUAUUUGAUAUCAUCAGAACAGAAAUGCAAGUGUCUGAUGUCAGCCAUAAAUGAUGAUAGACAAUUGGCCUCUUCGGAAUCUAAAGCAUCAUGGGUAAUUUCAUUGUUCGUACCCCAAAGUGAAAAUAACGUUACGUCAUUGGUUGAAUUUGCAUUGUUUAUUAUGUUUUAAACCAAUCAAAACGCUUUGGUGUAAGCUUUUGAAAAUAUUACCCAGGAUGCAUUAGAUUCUGAAACGGCGAAUUCACACACAGUUCAAUGUAAUUCAGUAAAAAAUCUGUCUUCCUGUUGUUGCUCAAUUCACUGUGAAACAAUCGCAAGGGGCUGGAAUUGGAGGAGAUGAAAAAGCUUUGAAUUACUCAUACAUGUAUAUUAUCCAUGGAAUUUUUAAAAAAUAAUUUAGAGUGAUCACCAACAAUCACUAGCAUUUACUGUAAAAAUUCACCACCAAGAGAAAUUAUUUUCCUGAAUUACCAUGCAUACAUGUAUAAUGAAUAGUGCUAAUAAAUUUCAACAUACACCAUGUACACAUUUGUUUUUGUUUGGCUAAAAAUUAAAAUAUUCAGAUAAAAGAAAAGAGCCUCAACUAGCUUAAAAAUUUGUAAUCUAGAAGGAAAGCAAGUUGUCUAAUGUAAAAAUUAACAUGAAGUUGUUACCUGUAACAGUUAUGUUGGCAGAAUUUGAAAAUCAAGUAUUUAUUUUU